AUGAGAAACUUGAUCCCUCAGCACUUGCCUGAAGCUCCCCUGCUUGAGCACGAGAUCACCGCUAUCGACGUUAGUACCACCGACGUGUGCGGCAGUUCAGGUGUAACCAGUACAGGGGCCAGUGGCGGGCGACGGAGUUGGAGACUCCGUUCUUUACAGAAAUCAUGUGCGCAUAAUUCUAACCGCGCUUUUUCUGCCGAAAAUAGCCACUUCGGAUUUAUCCGAUAUAGACCAGUCACGUCGUUCGCGGGGAACAUUCCGUUACCGGAAUUAUUUCCCGCAGGAGACGACGUUGAUCCAACCGCACCUUUGGAAACUUCGAUUUAUCCCCACUCGGCGAACAAAGCUCCAAUUGUGACCGCCACGGCAAUCUUGCGAAAGCACGUGGACCCCGAGUUGCAGCCCGGAAUGCCGAUGCACUGCACACGGAUGAUGCGGAGUAUUGAUUUGAAGCCUGAUGAGAGGAGUGUGAAAAGAAGCCAGCUACCAGUGGGGAGCGGAUUCAUGUGAGAGAAAAUGCGAAGACCAUGGUUGAUUCUGCACUUCAUCAUUUCCGCUCGUGACCAAGCAGACUCCGACGCGAGGAUUUUUUUGCACAAUUUCAAGGCGCGACAUGAGAAUUAAGCAGACGACGUAUGAGUAGACUGCAGAAUGUCUGCACACUGCGAUCGUCUGCUGUUUCCUUCCGUCUGUAGUAG